AUGGCGACGCCCAGAGGGGCUUGGUCGGCCCGCGACGCCGCCCUCCUGGUUGAGGCGGCGGUCCGCGGGGCCGUCUCUGCGAGUGCGCCGCGGCGCACGGUCGCGGCUGUGGCGCGGUCGGCUGUGUCGGCCACCCUUUUCGGGGUGGGCCGCGGGGCCGUGGGCGCCGUGCCGCCGCCGCCCGCUGCUGCUGCUGGUGCUGCUCGCCCUGAUCCUCCUGACCGAGCUGGUGCUGCUGGGGCUGACCCUGCGGCGCGAGCCGCGAAGCGCCGCCGCCGCCGCCAGCGCCGUGCUGCGCGGCGCGCGGCCGCCCAGGAGGAGAACAACAUGGUCGUGGAGGAGGUGCCCGCUGGGGUGGUCGCUGGAGCUGCCGCUGGUGCUGCUGCUGCUGCGGCUGCAGCGGCGGCCUCCGCCGACGACGACAUGGACGUCCUCGAGGACGAGUGGGCGGACGACGUUCGUCGGGCCGCCUCGGGUGCGGCGGCGGCGGAUCCCGCUGGAGUGGGAGGAACUGCCGCCCCUGCCUGGCCGCGGAGGCGCAGGCGGAGGCCCGAACCCGCCCCUGGGCGCGAGGGCCGGUGGGUCGUGGACGCGGAGGGCGCUGGCGCGGCCGGCGCGGCCGCGGGCACGGGGCUGGCACUCGCGAGGGACCCGGGGGCGAAGGGGCAGGCGGACGCGACGGUGGCGGCGGCGGAGCCUGGCGGCGGAGCUGCUGCCUCGGGCGCGGCGACGGGGGCGGCGGCUGCCCUCGAGGACGCGUUCGCCGCGGCGGACGGCGUCCUGCGGAGGGCGGCCGAUUGGCGCCCCGAGGCGAGCGACGACCUUCGGCGCAUGCUGGAGGCCGUCCGCUGGCACCCCGCCUAG